GCGGCGGCGGCCAGGUGGGCGACGGGGAUCCGUUUCCCGGACGCGACGGCGACGGUCAUGGCCCGGCUGGCCGACUACUUCAUCGUGGUAGGCUACGACCACGAGAAGCCAGGGUCAGGAGAAGGUCUGGGGAAAAUAAUUCAGAGAUUUCCACAAAAGGACUGGGAUGAUACACCUUUUCCACAGGGAAUUGAAUUGGAUUUUGCAGUAUAGUCCUCAAAUUUGGAAUCCUUCUGCCUCAGUUUCCCCAGUGCUGGAAUUACAGUUUUGUCAGCCUGCUGGAUGGCACCUGUCCAGAGAACGGAAGCAGCCGACAUUCUUCGUGGUGGUCCUGACAGAUAUUGACUCGGAUCGACAUUACUGCUCAUGUUUAACCUUCUAUGAAGCAGAGAUCAAUCUCCAGGGAACAAAGAAGGAAGAAAUUGCAGGUGAAGAGGAAGUACCUGGCCUAAUUCAGCCUGCAGAAGUGUUUGCUCCCAAAAGCCUGGUGUUGGUGUCCAGACUAGACUAUCCAGACAUUUUUAGGGCUUGCCUGGGUUUGAUCUAUACUGUGUAUGUGGACAGCCUGAGUGUCUCCUUGGAAAGCCUCAUUGCCAAUCUUUGUGCUUGCCUUGUCCCUGCGUCUGGAGGGUCUCAGAAACUGUUUUCCUUGGGUGCAGGAGAUCGACAGCUGAUCCAGACUCCUUUGCAUGACAGUCUUCCUGUCACAGGCACCAGCGUGGCUCUUUUGUUUCAGCAGUUGGGAAUUCAAAAUGUCCUCAGCCUCUUUUGCGCAGUUCUUACAGAAAAUAAGGUUCUUUUCCACUCGGCAAGUUUCCAGAGACUUAGUGAUGCCUGUAGAGCCCUGGAAUCUUUAAUGUUCCCUCUGAAAUACAGUUAUCCUUAUAUUCCCAUUCUCCCGGCUCAGCUACUGGAAGUUCUGAGUUCCCCAACACCUUUUAUUAUUGGAGUACAUUCUGUCUUUAAAACUGAUGUUCACGAACUUCUAGAUGUAAUAAUAGCAGACUUGGAUGGAGGCACUAUUCAAAUUCCUGAAUGUAUUCAUCUCUCUUCCCUCCCGGAACCACUUCUUCACCAGACUCAAGCAGCUCUUUCUUUGAUUUUACACCCUGAUUUGGAAGUAGCAGACCAUGCUUUCCCUCCUCCACGAACAGCCUUAUCCCACUCAAAAAUGCUGGAUAAAGAAGUCCGAGCAGUUUUCCUUAGAUUAUUUGCACAACUUUUCCAAGGCUAUAGAUCAUGCCUACAGCUUAUAAGAAUUCAUGCAGAGCCAGUAAUACAUUUUCACAAAACAGCUUUCUUGGGGCAGCGUGGUUUGGUUGAGAAUGAUUUCCUCACUAAAGUACUCAAUGGAAUGGCAUUUGCAGGUUUUGUUUCAGAAAGAGGUCCUCCCUAUAGAUCCUGUGAUCUCUUUGAUGAGUUGGUAGCUUUUGAAGUAGAGAGAAUUAAAGCUGAAGAAAAUAACCCACUGAAGAUGGUAAAGCAUAUAAGAGAACUUGCUGAGCAGCUAUUCAAAAAUGAGAAUCCAAACCCUCAUAUGGCAUUCCAGAAAGUUCCACGUCCAACAGAAGGAUCCCACUUGCGAGUUCAUAUUCUCCCUUUCCCAAAGAUUAAUGAAGCCUGGGUGCAGGAAUUAAUACAGGAAAAUCUUGCUAAGAACCAGAAUGUUCCUCCUGCUACACGAGUGGAAAAGAAAUGUGUUGUGCCAGCAGGCCCACCUGUUGUGUCCAUAAUAGAUAAGGUGACAACAGUUUUCAACAGCGCUCAGAGACUGGAGGUUGUUAGGAACUGCAUCUCAUUCAUAUUUGAAAGUAAAACUUUGGAGACUGAAAAGACCCUUCCUGCUGCCUUGAGGGCCCUUAAAGGAAAGGCAGCAAGACAGUGUCUCACUGAUGAACUGGGUUUGCAUGUCCAGCAAAACCGGGCAAUAUUGGACCAUCAGCAGUUUGAUUAUAUAAUAAGGAUGAUGAAUUGUACUCUACAGGAUUGUUCAAGUUUAGAAGAAUAUAACAUUGCUGCAGCAUUACUCCCUCUGACCAGUGCUUUCUACAGGAAACUUGCCCCAGGAGUCAGCCAGUUUGCUUACACCUGUGUACAAGACCACCCCAUUUGGACAAAUCAGCAGUUUUGGGAGACAACUUUUUACAGUGCAGUGCAAGAACAAGUUCGCUCCCUGUAUCUCUCAGCAAAGGAAGACAAUCAUGUCCCGCAUCUGAAACCAAAGGACAAACCUCCCAAUGACCAAUACCAGGAGAAGACAGCGAUGGACCUGGCAGCCGAGCAGCUACGCCUCUGGCCUACUCUGAGCAAAUCCACUCAGCAGGAGCUGGUGCAGCAUGAGGAGAGCACUGUCUUCAGUCAGGCCAUUCACUUUGCCAACCUCAUGGUUAACCUACUAGUUCCACUAGACACAAGUAAAAACAAGCUCCUGAGAACAACAGCACCGGGAGACUGGGAAAGUGGGAGUAACAGCAUUGUCACCAACAGUAUUGCAGGGAGUGUAGCUGACAGUUAUGAUACAGAGAGUGGGUUUGAAGAUUCAGAAAACAAUGACAUUGCCAACUCUAUUGUGAGGUUCAUUACCCGAUUUAUUGACAAGGUUUGUACAGAGAGUGGCGUGACUCAGGAUCACAUCAAAAGCCUUCACUGCAUGAUACCAGGAAUUGUAGCUAUGCACAUUGAGACACUAGAAGCGGUUCAUCGAGAGAGCAGACGACUGCCACCUAUACAGAAGCCCAAGAUUCUGAGACCGGCUCUACUGCCGGGAGAAGAAAUGGUUUGUGAAGGUCUUCGAGUCCUGUUGGAUCCUGAUGGCAGGGAAGAAGCCUCUGGAGGCCUUCUUGGAGGUCCCCAGCUCCUGCCAGCAGAAGGUGCUUUGUUCCUCACCACAUACAGAAUUCUCUUCAGAGGGACACCACAUGACCAGCUAGUAGGUGAACAGACAGUUGUACGGAGCUUUCCCAUUGCCUCCAUCACCAAGGAGAAGAAGAUCGCAAUGCAGAACCAGCUGCAGCAGAACAUGCAAGAAGGACUGCAGAUUACGUCAGCUUCUUUUCAGUUGAUUAAAGUGGCAUUUGAUGAAGAAGUCAGUCCAGAAGUGGUAGAGAUCUUUAAGAAACAGCUAAUGAAGUUCCGCUAUCCUCAGAACAUCUUCACCACCUUUGCUUUUGCUGCUGGACAGACAACCCCACAAAUCAUCUUACCCAAACAGAAGGAAAAGAACACUUCCUUUAGAACCUUCUCAAAAACAAUUGUGAAAGGUGCCAAGAGGGCUGGGAAAAUGACAAUUGGACGGCAGUAUUUAUUAAAGAAGAGGACAGGAACAAUUGUGGAAGAGAGAGUUAAUCGUCCUGGAUGGAAUGAAGACGAUGACAUUUCUAUUUCAGAUGAUAGUGAACUCACAAGUACAACCCUGAAGGCCUCAGAGAAAUCUACAAUGGAACAGUUGGUGGAAAAAGCUUGUUUCAGAGACUAUCAGCGUUUAGGCUUGGGAACCAUAAGUGGCAGCUCCUCCCGUUCAAAACCAGAGUAUUUCCGAAUCACUGCCUCCAACAGGUUGUAUUCACUGUGCCGGAGCUAUCCUGGCCUUUUAGUCAUACCUCAAGCUGUACAGGACAGUAGUUUACCAAGAGUAGCCCGCUGCUAUCGACACAAUCGCCUGCCUGUUGUGUGUUGGAAGAACUCAAGAAGUGGUACUCUGCUCCUCCGAUCUGGAGGAUUCCAUGGGAAGGGAGUUGUUGGUCUUUUCAAAUCACAGAACUCUCCUCAAGCCAUUCCUACCUCCUCUCUUGAAUCUUCCAGUAGCAUAGAACAAGAAAAGUACUUGCAAGCCCUACUAAACGCAGUCACUGUCCACCAGAAACUUAGAGGCAGCAACACCCUGACUGUUAGGCCAGCACUUGCUCUGUCUCCAGGGACUGAAAGGAGGACUUCAAGAGUGUCCACUGUGCUUAAGCAGGUAGUGCCAGGACAUUUGGAUGUAAACCCAUCCAAUAGCUUUGCUCGAGGAGUGCAUGAGUACAGAGAUAAGUGUUUCACUCAGUCAAAUCUCAAAUCUUCAGCUAAGGAGAGAGUUCAUAAUCAAGGUGUGUGGGCAAGUCUUCGUUCCAGCACCCGCUUGAUCAGCUCUCCAGCGUCCUUCAUUGAUGUUGGCGCACGGCUUGCGGGCAAGGAUCAUUCAGCCUCCUACAAUAACAGCACCUAUCUGCAAAACCAGCUCCUGAAACGACAAGCAGCCCUUUAUAUAUUUGGUGAAAAGUCACAACUAAGGAGCUUCAAAGUAGAAUUUGCUUUAAAUUGUGAGUUUAUUCCUGUUGAAUUCCAUGAAAUCCGACAAGUGAAAGCAAGUUUUAAGAAGCUGAUGAGGGCUUGUAUCCCAAGCACCAUCCCUACCGACUCAGAAGUGACAUUCCUGAAGGCUCUGGGAGAUUCUGAGUGGUUCCCCCAGCUUCACAGGAUACUGCAGCUGGCUCUGGUUGUCUCAGAAGUACUUGAGAAUGGGUCCUCAGUUUUGGUCUGUUUGGAGGAAGGCUGGGACAUCACCACACAAGUGACAUCCCUGGUACAGUUACUCAGUGAUCCCUUUUAUAGAACAAUUGAAGGCUUCCGGAUGUUGGUUGAAAAGGAGUGGCUCUCUUUUGGUCAUAAAUUCAGUCAGCGGAGCAGCUUAACCCUCAACUCUCAGGGUAGUGGUUUUGCACCAGUCUUCUUACAAUUCUUAGACUGUGUUCACCAGAUUCACAACCAGUAUCCAACUGAGUUUGAAUUUAAUCUCUAUUACCUGAAGUUUUUGGCCUUCCAUUAUGUGUCUAAUCGUUUUAAAACAUUUCUCCUGGAUUCAGACUAUGAAAGAUUAGAACAUGGAACCUUAUUUGAUGAUAAAGGAGACAAGCAGGCCAAGAAAGGCGUCUGUAUCUGGGAGUGCAUUGAUAGGGUGCACAAGCGGAGUCCUGUUUUCUUCAAUUAUUUGUAUUCUCCAGUGGAGAUAGAGGCUCUGAAGCCCAAUGUCAAUGUCUCCAGCCUCAAGAAGUGGGAUUACUACAUAGAGGAGACCCUGUCCACAGGGCCUUCAUAUGACUGGAUAAUGCUGAGCCACAAACACUUCCCCUCUGAAGAGUCUGAACUGACUGGAGGAGCGGGGUCCCAGAGCCAGCGGAGAACAGUGUGGCCAUGCUAUGACGAUGUCGGCUGCUCUCAGCCCGAUGCGCUCACCAGCCUUUUCCGAGAAAUUGAAAAAUUAGAGCAAAAAUUAAACCAAACCCCUGAGAAGUGGCACCAACUAUGGGAAAAGGUAACCAUGGACCUUAAGGAAGAUCCAAGAACAGACCAUCCCCAGAGAUGCCCACCUGGGUCCCCAGGCAUCGUGUCCACCAGCCAGCCUUCCUAUCAGAAGAGGCCUGUGCUGCACCUCCCAGUCGGCACCGCAGGCGAGGAGCAGAGUGCCAACGUCGCCCCGUCCAACGGGGUGGAGCGCAGGGCCGCCACGCUCUACAGCCAGUACACGUCGAAGAACGACGAACACAGGUCCUUUGAGGGAACACUAUACAAAAGAGGGGCUUUGCUGAAAGGUUGGAAACCUCGUUGGUUCGUUUUGGAUGUAACAAAACAUCAGCUCCGCUACUACGACUCUGGUGAGGACACGAGCUGUAAAGGCCACAUCGACCUGGCUGAAGUAGAAACGGUCGUCCCUGCCGGGCCCAGCCUGGGAGCCCCAAAGCACACAAGUGACAAGGCUUUCUUCGAUCUCAAGACCAGCAGACGUGUGUAUAACUUCUGUGCCCAGGAUGGGCAGAGUGCCCAGCAAUGGAUGGACAGGAUCCAGAGCUGCAUCUCUGAUGCCUGAUGUCCACGGUCAGCCCAAGCAGAAGAGGAAGACAGCACGUGCUGCCCAGUAGAAGGGGUGCCAGUCAGUCACCCAGGGCCUGACCUUGAUUCCCCCUGCAGCAGUUUCUGCAUCUGUCUAACCUGGACGUCUGUGUCAAACGUGUGUCUGCCACUGUGUUCUAACAAGGUCUUGGUGGUUAGGGGCCAGAAGAAUGCUCUUGAGCCUACUGCCUUCCACUCCUAGGGAAAAUGGCCACCACCGGAGUCCUUCCUCAUGGAGAGCCUAUUUAUGCUCAAGGCCAUAAUUUCCUUGGGGAGCUUUUUUAUAGGCAAAACUCAAGCCCCUCCGAAGAUCAUCUCACGCCCUACAUUGAGUGGUUUCCCAUCAUAGGUUUUUAUGCUUGCUUCCUGGCCUUUGAGAUGCUUGGCUGUCUGGUGCUGCCCAACGGUGCUUCCGUGGUCCCUGCUCUGACAUUGAGGCUCACAGCAGUAGACAUCAUUGCUCAGUGACAAGCAGAGAGGGUGCAUACAAGACUGUUAGGAGGAAAAGAGCUUGUCCAGGGAAUGAUGUGACAAUGACUGGGCUGGUGCAGGAAAGCAAUCCUUUGGACCAGAAGCGCUCCCUGGAUGCAGGGCCAGCCUGCCUGCCUCAUAUGUUCUGCUCCUGGCAGCUUCUUACACAUAGUAACAUGCAAAGAAGAGCUGACCACGCUAACCACAGGACACAUGCACUGAUCCCUAAUCGAGUGAGGACCUGGGGCCAUGUCUCGCUGCGGCGUGGCCAUAGAGCCAUUCAGCAGUUCUGCACACAGAAGUAAGAACUGUUCCUCGCUGUCCCUGUGAGCACGACGCUGUGUUUGUGCAGCCUAAAGCCCAAGGUGCUGUUGGCUUGUGGUGAACAAGAAUAGCCACUGGUGCCACCUGGGCCCGGCAGGCUCUGUGUUCAUAUGUUAAAUACCAACUAAUAUUUCAGAAAUAUGUAUAUAUGAUUUCUAUAUCCUUGUUUUUAGAUACCCUACUUAUAAUUUAAUAUAAAAUUAACAAACUGAUUCAUUCAUAAGAUUUCUGUAAUGAAAGGUUCCUUCCCUUUUUAAAAGAAUAAAAACUUCUUUGUAGAUUAAAAAUAAAUUAGAUUUUCAAAUUUAAAACUAUACACUAGAAAAUAGAACUGUGUUAAUAUAUAAAAAAUUGGGGAGUGAUAAGAAUGAAGGAUUUUUUAUCAUUCAUUUUAUAAAUUUGCCACCUGUGAAAAUGGUUUUGCACGUUAUUUGUAUUUUUGUACAUGAAAUAACUUUUGUACUUUGUAAAGUGCAGAGCCCGCUGUACCCAGCUACUUGAAGUCGCUCACCGCUUCUUUUGUAACUGGAUUCUUUCAGUUGUCAUGAAGGCCUGUCAUGCCUUCCAUUCACUAACCACCUGGAAUUAAAUUUAUUUCUUAAGAAAAA